CGGCCUUCCCACUGGGAACGCACGGCUACUAGCAGGAAGAACCGCGAAAAGAAACCCUUGGAUCUCUCAUCGAGGUCAUCCCAAAACAAGAACAGUAGGAAGCCUUGGUGUCCGUGGCCCUUAGCACAACCCUGCAGAAAUGCCUCCUCAGCUCCAGAAUGGCCUCAACUUCUCAGCCAAAGUCAUCCAGGGCACCCUAGACAGCCUGCCCCAGGCGGUGAGAACAUUCGUGGAAAACAGCGUGAAGCUGUGCCAGCCUGAGCACAUCCACAUCUGUGAUGGCUCCGAGGAGGAGAACCAGCAGCUGCUGGAGCACAUGGAGGGACAGGGCAUGAUCAAGAGGCUGCGGAAGCUCAACAACUGCUGGUUGGCUCUCACUGACCCCAAGGAUGUGGCCAGAAUUGAAAGCAAGACAGUCAUCAUUACCCAAGAGCAAAGAGAUACUGUGCCCAUCCCCAAAACAGGCCUCAGCCAACUAGGUCGCUGGAUGUCAGAGGAGGACUUUGAGAAAGCUUUCAAUGCCCGAUUUCCAGGGUGCAUGAAAGGUCGCACCAUGUACGUCAUCCCAUUCAGCAUGGGGCCCCUGGGCUCGCCUCUGUCAAAGAUCGGCAUCGAGCUGACGGAUUCGCCCUACGUGGUGGCCAGUAUGCGCAUCAUGACGCGGAUGGGCACAUCUGUCCUGGAAGCGCUGGGUGACGGGGAAUUCGUCAAGUGCCUCCAUUCUGUGGGAUGUCCUUUGCCUUUAAAAAAGCCUUUGGUGAACAACUGGCCGUGUAACCCAGAGCUGACACUCAUCGCGCACCUGCCCGACCGCAGAGAAAUCAUCUCCUUCGGGAGUGGGUACGGCGGGAACUCGCUCCUCGGGAAGAAGUGCUUUGCCCUCAGGAUGGCCAGCCGGCUGGCUAAGGAAGAAGGCUGGUUGGCAGAGCAUAUGCUGAUCCUGGGCAUAACCAACCCCAAGGGCCAGAAGAAGUACUUUGCAGCAGCCUUUCCCAGUGCCUGCGGGAAGACCAACCUGGCCAUGAUGAACCCCAGCCUCCCCGGGUGGAAAAUAGAGUGCGUGGGCGAUGACAUCGCCUGGAUGAAGUUUGACCAACAAGGUAAUUUAAGAGCUAUCAACCCAGAAAAUGGCUUUUUUGGUGUGGCUCCUGGAACCUCUGUGAAGACCAACCCCAACGCCAUCAAGACCAUCCAGAAGAACACCAUCUUCACCAACGUGGCCGAGACCAGUGAUGGGGGCAUUUACUGGGAAGGUAUUGACCAGGCACUGGCCCCAGGCAUCAGGAUCACUUCGUGGAAGAACAAGGAGUGGACCCCCCAGGAUGGGGAACCUUGUGCCCAUCCCAACUCACGCUUCUGCACCCCUGCCAGCCAGUGCCCCAUCAUCGACCCUGCCUGGGAGUCUCCGGAAGGGGUGCCCAUUGAGGGCAUCAUCUUUGGAGGCCGCCGACCUACUGGUGUCCCUCUGGUCUACGAAGCUCUCAGCUGGCAGCAUGGAGUUUUUGUGGGGGCGGCCAUGCGAUCAGAAGCCACAGCGGCUGCGGAGCACAAAGGCAAGGUCAUCAUGCAUGACCCCUUCGCCAUGCGGCCCUUCUUUGGCUACAACUUUGGUAAAUACCUGGCUCAUUGGCUCAGCAUGGCCCAGCGCCCAGCAGCCAAGCUGCCCAAAAUCUUCCACGUGAACUGGUUCCGGAAAGACAAGGAAGGCAAGUUCCUCUGGCCGGGCUUUGGUGAGAACUCCAGGGUGCUGGAGUGGAUGUUCAAUCGCAUCAACGGGGAGGCGGGCGCCAAGCUCACACCCAUAGGCUAUGUCCCUGAGGACGGCGGCCUGAAUCUGAAAGGCCUAGGUGAGAUCAACACGAAGGAGCUUUUCCACAUCUCCAAGGAGUUCUGGGAGAAGGAGGUAGAAGACAUCCAGAAGUACCUGGACGAGCAGGUUAACACCGACCUCCCCUACGAAAUCGAGAGAGAGGUCCUUGCCCUGAAGCAAAGAAUCAGCCAGAUGUGAUCAGACCCGAGAGCGUCACCUUUCCAAUCAUCCCCUUUUCUAGUCCUUGAGAUGUACCGGGAGCAGGAGGGAGCACGAUGUCCCGAGCGGACGCCGCCUAUCCCACCGUAAUGACCACACUGAUGAGCCGAUUCAUUUUCAAAUGAAAAAUGCUUUCAUUUUUCAGAUCAGACUGCAGAUUCCAGGCUCGUAACUAUGAGAUCAGGAAGGGAAAUCAUAGCAGGUCUCCAAAAUUCACUACCCGAUGCACGUUUGUUCAAUCCUGAGGACACUAGGCAGUUAGGCUUUCCCAUUCUUAUCACUUCAGCUCUAUCAGUUAGCCGGAAUGCACAGAUAAAAUACUUGAGCUGUAUAUAUGGGUGUGUGAGUGUGUGUGUGUGUGUGUACUUCUUGUUAUCUGAGGUGUAUAUAGUACCUUAGGAAAAAUCUUGGGCAAGAUGACCUAGUUGUUGCUAGAAAGAAAUGUUGCUUUAUUAUUAAUAUGUGUGUUUAAAUUAUUUUUAUAUACUCCUGUUACUUGCCUUUACGUAAUUUCAGUGUUUUCCCUGACACUUCUUGGAAAAAUCGCAAAAUAAACUUUUGUAGAAAAGAUG